AUGACUUCAUCUUACUUCGGCUUCACCGACGCAGACCUUGUUCUCCGUUCGUCAGACGCUGUCGACUUUCGCGCUCAUCGAUGCAUACUUUCCGCAGCGUCGCCUUUCUUCAGGCACAUGUUCACAUUACCCCAGGCAGCGUCUCCAGAGCCGGAGAUUCCAGUAGUUGAUGUAUCAGAAUCGCAGGCGGUACUGGAGACCCUCCUGCGGUUCGUCUAUCCCAUGCCAGACCCUCCCAUUCGUACGCUCGACAGUCUAUCUUCCGUCCUCACGGCUGCCGCCAAAUACGACAUGAUCCCAGCCAUAGACAGUCUUCGCCGGCUGCUCGUCGCGCCCGAGUUUGUAGAGGCGGCACCCACACGCGUGUACGCCAUUGCUUCAAGAUUCGAACUCGAGGAGGAGGCCAAGAUCGCGUCACGUUACACGCUCGGCAUCAAUAUCCUUGACUGUCCCCUGCAUGACGACUUUAAGUUCAUCACGGCGUAUUCUUACCAUCGUCUGCUGGUCCUGCAUCAUCAGCGCUCAAAGGCAGCUGUGGAGCUGCUCAAGAUAUCGGAUCAGGUCAAGUGCAUGCAGUGCAAUGGGUCUUCGUACAACAGUUUCAGCGCGCCGAAGUGGUGGGACGAUUUCCAGAGGCGUGCAAGGGAGGAACUUGCCGUCCGUCCGACAACGGAUGUGGUGUUUUCCAUGACCUUCCUGGCGCGGUCGGCCCAGGCAGGCUGCACGCGAUGUGCUGGGAGCAUCCUCGAUUCGUACCAUUUCCUGGAAGACUUGAAGAGGAAAAUCGAUGAGCUGCCUUCUACCAUUUGA